ACUUCAUGAUUAGGAUUACUGGAUGUUACAAUCAAAACCAUCACCCUGUUGGAGACAUUAAAUAUGAAGAACCGGAGGCUCCUGUUGAAUUUGGUGGUCAGUAUGAUACAAAACCGAGCAUGGAUAUGAACAUCUCCCCAAAACUUGUGUCAGACAUGGAUUUCAACAUGUCAGGAAUUACCACUAUGGACUUAAGUACAGAAGAGCUCUGUGAGAAGGGAGAUAACCAGAACACAGAGAAAGGUGAAGGUGAUUCCACAAAUCAAGAUGUGGAUUUGAACAAAUCGGAUUCCAGUCCGCCAAAGAAACAAAAGUCAUUUUUAAUGUCAGUGCCACUGGAUGAUAUUUCCAUGGACAGUACUAAGAUGACGGAUAGUGUCAUGAGUAUCUCCACAAACAGCAGUAUACAGGGGUCAACUAGCUCUGGCAAAAAGAGUCCCAACACUGAAAAGUCGGGCCACCAGUUUAUAUCCUAUGGAAGAACAUACGUGAUUGUUAACGGAAAGAUGGUUGUCGACGCUGCAAAGAAAGAUAAAGAGCGAGACAGAGAAGAACGGAUAAAGGCACAGAGGGAAAAAUUGGCAGAGGAAAGACAGAAAAAAAUAGAAGAAAUGAGAGAACAGCAACGUCUGGCCCAAGAAAAGCGUGAAAGACAACUCGACUUGCGUCGCCUCAAAAUUGAAGAGCUAAGGCGUCGCGAUGAGGAACGAAGAUUGGCAGUAGAGGAUAGACGAAGAAAAAGAGAUGAAACGGAGCAGGCGAGAAAAGAGUCCAUCAUCCAAAAGUCACAGGAACGCAUUACCCGUUACGAGCAGUGGAAGGCGAGUGGUAGAAAAGGUGGGCGAGUGUUGGUGUACGGGUUUGGCAGCCGUACACCUAGAGAAGUGUGUCAGCCAGUAGAUCGACGACGAUCAUCGUCUCAUAGUGCGCUUAUACGUCGCUCCCCUAACGGGUCUGAUUCGGACUCGUGGCGACCCCAGCGUCGGGCCGUGUCCGCCUGCAGCACGGUCAGGCGGCACUGCUGUAUUGAUAUUAAUCGCCUCACUGCACCAAGUGGCACGCCCCCUACCCGUCCUAAGAGCACAAUGAACCUAAGCACGAAGGAGAAUGUUCGGCUGAGGGACCCCAAGACUACACCAAGGAAGCCCCGCCCAGCCAGUAUAGCAGGUUCCGUACCAAGCUUUAUCUCUGUGGAAAGUCCCAAGGGAACCUCACGAAGCAAGAGCACAGACAGACUAGCCAGAGAUCGGCAGAAGACACCUUUGAGAUCAACUCCUAAAAGAGAGAAAGACGAACAGAACCUACAAGAGAAGAAGGAUAAAAAAGGAAGCAGUGUUGAUAUUCGAAAACUCACAGAGAGAAGAAAAGCUGAACUUCAGAAACUGGCAGAGAAAAAGAAAGACGCCAAGGAGGAUAGUGGAAGUGACCACGAGAAGACACCAGAACGAUCUACAUCCCGUGUUAGUCAACAGAGUAUUGACCGCCUGUCAACACCCAGGAUUGCCAAGUACAAGAAUGAGACACCAACUAAAACAGAUACUGUGAAGGACCGAGUGACUCCCUCAAGAGAACGGGCUGCCACACCCACUCAGACAAAGGGAACAAAGAAAUCUGUUACAAUUGUAGCUCCCCAAUCUUCUCCUAAGAAGACAAAAACACCCAAACAAAAGGAUAAAGAAAACAAAGAACCUUUGAAAAGGAAACUAAGCAGUAAGGAGAGCAGCACUGAGGCCCUAGACAGCCCCAGAGCCUCUCCAAAGCCCACUAAAGAUGUCAAGGCAGACACCCGUGCCCAGUCUGAAACUGAGGCUCCGGAAGAAUUGGCCAAAGUUACAUCACCUCGGUCUGUUUCCCCAGCCUCAUCCAAGUCUGAGGAUGAGGAGAAAUCUGUCCCAGUUCCAAAGAAGACUCCUGAAAAGGUUGUAAAGAUUGUAGAGCCAAACGAAGAGACAACCCCAUCAACUCCAGCACAGAGUAAACCAAGUGCACCUUCCACCCCAGCUACACCUGCAUCUGCCCCCAAAUCAAAGAAGGAGAUAGAAAUGGAUGAAUAUAAAGCCAAAUUGGCUGAAAAGCGCAGACAGGCAAGAGAGAAAGCCGAGAAAGAGGCAGAGUUGGAGAGACAAAGGCUGGAAGCUAUCAGACUAGCAGAAGAGGAACGCCAGCGUCAGGAGGAGGAAGAACAGCGUCGGAUGGAGGAGGAAGCAAGCAGAUUGGCUCAAGAGGCUAGGAAAAAUGAGGAAGAGAGGCUGAGGAAGGCCAUUGAGGCAGAGGAACUCCGAAAGAAAGAGGAGGCAGAACGCCUUGAGCAGGAAAGGAAACAGAAAGAGGAGGCUGACAGAAAAGCUAAAGAGGAGGCAGAAAGGAUGGAAAGAGAAAAACAGGAAAAAGCCAAAAAGGAUGAAGAGGAGAGACUAGAAAGGAAAAAGCGACUCGAGAUGAUCAUGAAGAGAGUUAAGUCUGACUCCCCUAUGACCGGAUCCAUGACUUCCUCAAUGAUUGGUACCAGCAGUUCAAUGUCCGGAUCACAGAUUGGCUCUAUGACUGGAUCGAUGUCUAGUUCCAUGAUCCUGAUUGGCUCUGAUAAGGGAGACUCUCCUUACCAGUCUCUGUCAAACUCCCCAAGCAAGAACAGUCUACAAUCUAACGAGGGUGGAGAAGACAGUGCUGAUGAGGCCAAUGGGCUAGAUGAUAAGUCUGAUGAUAAGCCCAAGACAAUGCUGCAAUCUGCCACAGACACGCCAAAAUUCAAAUCACCUCUAUUACAGAAACUAGUGGAAAGCAAAUCUCAAAACGGGGGCAGCGAGACUCCCAAAUUUAAGUCGCCCUUGCUGCAGAAUCUGAUGGGUAAAAAGAGGUUGGGCAUGGAUAAAACUGAAGACAAGACUAACGAGGUAACAACCAACGGGAACAAACAGGAGGAGCCAGUGGAACAAAGAGAGGAGAGUGGUAGUGAGCGAGUGACCGAAGGAGAAAAGGGACAGGUAGACUUUAUGGUGAUAGCAGACAAUGGGAGUGAAAGAAGUGAGUCAAGAAAUUCCAAGUCAGAUGGAAGUGUAGAUAGUGACACAAGUACUGCCAAGGAUGUAUCAUUAGCAGAACAUAAGUUAGGUUCAAACACUGUGAUAAUUAAAACUGAAGUGUCUUCGUCGUCACUGAAUGGUGUAUCUCAGAACGGAGAGAUGGAGCAGUACCCACAGGAACUAGUAGACUCUAGUAUUAGCAUGAGAACUGCCGACUCCUCCCUGGGAACAUCCUCAGACCAGUCACUAGGAGGGAGCCUUGUGGAUUCUCAAACUAUAUCCACAUCUGUGGAACAGGUUUCCACGGCCACAGAUAGUGGAUCCACAGAGCCCAACAGUGAAUUUGAAGAUUUUAUAGAUCUAAGUGUAACCAAUAAAAACUUUGAGGUGAAGGCACAGCAGUCGCUGUUUGCUCACCAGACAACGGAUGACUUGCUGAACCUCAACACCAACAGUAUUGACAAUAGCCUGGACAAUAUCAGCUCUGAAUCCCAUCCUAAGCCUCUAAUUGCCUUUGAAGACAAUGCAGCCCGGAGACAAGAAGUCACAGACUUCUUGUCUUGAGGUCUCCUAUGACAGUGUAGUGACCAAUGGUGUCUCCAAAGACACACACUAUUCUUCACACCAGUCUGAGGCUGCAUCUUCAUCCCCAGUUGGGGACAGCAGUGGCAGUGAAUUAGUCGGUGGGCUUGUGGUGCCACCUAGCCCCGUUGAACUACAGGGCCAAGAUGACAGUGAUGAGAUCAUCGUGACAAUAAACCGGUCUAAAACCAAUGGUGUGGAAUCUGAAAAUUCUAUACAACUGGACAGCAGUCCUGAAGCUCAGUCACAGUUGGAUCAAAUGUGGCAGCAGCUUGAGGCGGCGAUGGUGCAAAGCCAGGACCAGGUCCGUGGACAGCUCCAAGAAUUUGGAAUCGGGGAAGGGGAAGAAGAUUCAGAGUCAGAAGAGGGUCAGAUGUGGAGAAUUGUUCAAGGGGAUUCUCCUUAUACUAUACAACUAGUAUGAUCCUGGAGAAAAGGCACUUCAUAGAUUGUGGAAGAAAAAUUGGAUAUACUACAUACAUCACAUUGAUUCAAAGAUAACAAAGGCCCAUAGUCCUUAAAGGGCUGAUUUCUAUGCUCAAAUAGCAACUAUACAAUUUCAGAGUUUUUAUUUCGGGAAGUAUAACGAAUUAGAUAUGCUUGGCUGUAAUGUAAAGGUUUAAAAAAUGUAUAACCCUUCUAUGUGUAAAGUGUUGUGAAAGCCUUGAAUUGCAUAACUGUUAAUUACUUUUCAUUGUUAAAUCAAAAUAUUGGAUUUGUUAUUUAUACCUUAUUUAUUAUAAUUAACUUUUAAACAUUGAGAGUCAGCUGGUCUGAAAAAAAUGUCAUCUUUUAAUUGGAAAAAAAUAUCACUAUUCAGAAUUUAUUAGCAUUUUAUUCAUUUCAAUUUAACAGUAUUUGCAUGUAUGUUCACCGGACUCUCUCUCCGAUACUGGUAAAAUGAUGGGAAACAGUUUAAAUUGCAACUCAAGGGACACAACUCUUUGGACAAGCUUUUAUUUUGAUGUGAUCGAAAUAAGUCCAUGAAAAAUCAUAAUAACCAUAGAAGCCGAUUAUUUUUUAUUUAGGAUGUUUGGAAGGUUAAAAAUCUCGAGGAUAAAUCAUGAACCCUUUAUCAAUAUGCAUCAUAAUUGAUUAAUGGCUCCUGAGCGUGAAUAUUUCAUUGUCAAAGAAGAGCUCCAAAAACAGCACAUUAUAAAAGACCUGCUGUUUAGGAUAUGUUGGAGAUGCUAGACACUCAAUCUCUUUCCUCUGAUGUUUGCCUUGGUUUGUAUGUUUUCAAGGGAAAUGUCGCCAGGGGAUAAAGAGCAUUGCCAUUCUACAUCAAAGGGGAGUAAUCCAUCAUAGGUAAAUCAUUUUAAGUAAAUUGGACUUAAUUUAUGGAAGGAAAGAGGGUUAGGUAUGAGCCUUGUUAUUUUGUGUAAAGCUCUGAAUUUGUAAAAAAAAAAUUCAACCAAGCAAUGCUGGAGAUGAGUAAAAAUCUGUAUGUAUUAUAUUAGUGGUCCAAUGUAAUCGUACCAUUGUGUAUUUCUAUAUUUAUCACAGUGAAAGUGAAGGAAGAAUGGCUUGGAGCUGUUUGAUAGAAGUCUUAGGCUUCUUUGCAGGUGUUCGUACCAUAACAGCUGCCACAUUAGAUCUGCUGUUCAAGUGUAAAACAAUUGUGAUAAUGCUUUAGUGAAAUGUGAAAAGCUUGUCCAGCAAUAGUUGUAGUUCUUGUGUUUAAAUGCUCUGAAUGUGCAAGUGAAAAAGUGAUGUUGAAUGCAUUCUACAUAAUUGAACAAAUUUGAAUAGGUACCUUGCAUCAUAUGCAUAUGUUAGAUAUACAAGUUACUAUUAUUAAUUUUAUUAUUAAAAUGUAUUUAUAAUAAUUAUUCUGUGUAUAUUGCAUUUAUAGAUUUAUUAAAUACCUUGAAUCAAUUAAUGCAUGAGUUUGUAUAUUGAAGCUGCAGUGAAGUCAGCCCACAUGUUAUAUAUGGUUAUGUACAUUGUGUAGUUACUGUUGGACAUGAUAAGUCAUUUUGCAGGCAUUAACAUUACCGUGAUUAAUCAUUCAUCUAGUCCAACUCUUUGCCCAAUUUGUGCCAGUGACACGCACAUGGUUAAAACAUUUGAAGUUCAGUAUUAAUUUACAGGACUUCAUUGUUCUCUGUUGAUUAAAGAUGAAUCAAUAAAUUUUUUUAUGUAAUUGUCAGUGCUUGCUUAUUUUAAUAUACAAUAAUAUCGUAUUCUCAGAUUUUUUUUUUUUCUUUACAUUUUGUUUAUACCCGUGGAGGAUACAAACAAGUGUUGUGACCUAACAGGAAGAGAAGACCGUCUUUUACACUUUUGCACUGCAUAUUUUUGUUGUUAUCAAAUUAUUGUUAUUCAAACAAAUAUAUUUGUUCUUCAAUUUUGCCUAUGCCAGUUUUUUUUCAAAGGCAUGAUGUCGUGGUUUAAGAUAUAAGUUUGGCCUGAAAGUAAAGUAUGAAUACAGAGUUGUGUACUGGAAAUGUGAUAGAUGAUUUGUAAAUAGCUUUGUUGUAAAAAGCUACACAUGUGAUAUGCUAAAUGAAAUCUUCAUUCCAUUGUCACGCUUUACCUGUCCAAUAAAAUACCCAACAAAUAUAAAACAAAAAAAAUAUUUCAACGUAAGAAAUCUUACUGUGUAUCUUCAAUGUUGAAUAAAGUUCAGACUUUGCUGAGGAAUUUAACCAUAAACUAUAGUUGUUUCUAUUCAAAUGUUUUUUUGAUAAUGUCUUCAUUACCUCAAAGAUUUUGUGUUUGAAAUGAUUUAAAAACAAACACUUUUUUUUUUAUUUAAUAAUUUUUUUUAUGUCCUCAAAGCAUUCAUUUUGAGAGACUUAAAUUCACUAUAUUACAAUUUAGUAUCAACCUUCAAGUUUAAUCAUCUCAUUUGAAGCCAAAUUCAAAAUUCUAUCAUUUUUCAUACCUCACCUCAAAUUAUUAUGUAAAUAAGUAAUUUCAAUAGGUGACAGAAAAAUGAUUGAUCAUAAAUUACAUGCAUCUAGCAGUGUUCAAGUUGUAUAUGGUUUUAAGUUCCUCACCAUUAUUUACUACAUCUUUGUGAAUGAUCUGAAGUAAACAAGCAACUUGUGGUGACAUAUUAGAAUUCAGUAGAAAGUGAUAAAAAUCAAUGAGUGAUGUAUUUUCAACAAUUUCAUAUGUUGAAGAAUACUUGUCUUUCAUGGAAUAUUUUGUUGUGAUCUAAGCUAUGUUUAAGAUGCUGGUGCUUUAUUUUCAGUAGAGUUAUCUACCUUUCUUAGUCUGGAAAAUGAAGAUAAGCAUAUCACUCACUUAUCGUUAACGUGAAGUUUCACUUAAAUGUUAAACCAACAUUUGUCAGUGAUUAAGUCUUUGAAAAGUAGUACCCAAAGAUGAUAAAAUUACCACCAAAAAUGAGAUAUAUCACAUAGAAAUGAAACUGAGAAUUCAUUCAUCCAAAUUUUAUGUCAAUCAUUUUUUGUGUAGGUGAAACUUACAUUGCAUUAUACUGUUAACGAAAAAAAAACCCAACCUAAUAUGUAAUUCACCUAUGUGUUUCACUCUGUCAUGAAAUAUCGGUUUCUUAUACAUUUAUUUACAGUGUGAAGGUAACUGGCCGUUAUUAGUGGUGGCUAUAUUUGACUUAACCAGAGUCCCCAUGGAUUGGUAAGCAUUACAUGGGGGAAGGUUCUUGAGUAUCCUGCAGAGCGUCAGUUGUCCAAAUGUUUUAAUACUAUUGAUGAUACCAAUAUGAAAUAAAAAUAUUGAAAACAUGAGAAA